AUGGCGGCUCCAGCCAAGCCGUCUCUGCCGUCGUCACAACGAUUCGAGUUUUACCCGCAACGUGGCGUCCACGUCAAGUGCCUCAACGUCGAGAGCGACGAAGUCGUGUACAGCAUCUCGACGGCGACGACGUGCUUGCUGCAUGUGGCGGUGGAUGGAGUUCCUGUGGUACGGAGCCCGUUGCGGCUCGUGCACAGCCCCCAUCCGCCGACUGCCCGAGCUGAGUCUUCACAACCAGUCCUUGUCCAUGCCAGAGGAAGCGCUGUUGAGACAUCGGCGGCUGUGGACGGUUUAGUCGUCGCUGGAGUCAAGCUAGCCAAGGACGAUGGAUGGCAGCCCGUAGCUAGCCAGUGUCUGCGAGUCCUUCAAGAUCGGCCCGUGUUCAUUCGCCUUGAGAGCGAUCGCGACGGCGUCGUGCGGCGCUCUGACUUCACCGUCACGUCCACAGCUCCGUAUAAACUAAAGGACGACCAGAGCGCGACGACGAUGGCGCUGCGAUUCAAGCGCUGUGGACGGCACACAACCCUCCUCGCGAUCCGUUCCCGAGCCAUCCACCGGACGGGACGUAGUUUGCCCUUCGAUCGGCCUUCCUACGUCGACUGCGCCGAGUCCAUGGCGUCGAUGUUUCGGCGCCUUACGCGGACCGUGGACGCCGCUUCGUUUGGCAUCACCGACUUCGUCGCGGCAAUUGAUCACAUGACGAUACCGCUGCCCACGAUGGGUGCGGAAGAGCUCUACACGUGCUUCAACUUUCUCGACGUCGAGCGGAGUGGCGCAGUGACUCUAGCGGGGUUUCAAACGUUUUGCAUGGACCCCACGCAUUGUUCGUUCUGGUCAACGUCCCGGCGCUGUGUGCGCAAAACAUGGCCGACCUUCGUGCCAUCGACGCCGUAUUUGCCCGCGCGACCCAAGUAUUAG